CAGAGAGAGAGAACGUCUAACUCUCUAUAAAAGCCCCUACUCGUCUCUCUCACGGAAUCUCCACGGAAGCAGCCAUAGCCUGAGAGAGAGCGUUUCAAUGGCGUCCAUGGCUGCCGUCCUCAACAAAACCCCUUUCCUCUCUCAGCAGCCACUCACCAAAUCUCCCAACCUCGAUCUCCCCAUCGCCGCCGUUUCUUUCCCCUCGAAACCUCGCCGCCGUCGCGGAGUCGUACGCUCCGGGCUGAUCGCGCCCGACGGUGGAAAGCUCGUGGAGCUCAUCGUGGACGAGCCACGGCGGCGGGAGAAGAAGCACGAGGCGACGGAGCUGCCGCGCGUGGAGCUGACGGCGAUAGACAUGCAGUGGAUGCACGUCUUGAGCGAAGGCUGGGCGAGCCCACUCGGAGGGUUCAUGAGAGAAUCCGAGUUCCUCCAAACUCUUCAUUUCAACUCGCUGCGUCUUGACGACGGAUCGGUUGUUAACAUGUCGGUGCCUAUCGUCCUCGCUAUAGACGACGAGCAGAAGGCUGGUAUCGGCGAGUCUAAGCGCGUCGCGCUGGUUGAUUCAGAGGGUAAUCCCGUCGCCAUCCUCACCGACAUUGAGAUUUACAAGCAUCCCAAGGAAGAGCGGAUAGCUAGAACUUGGGGUACGACCGCUCCAGGUUUGCCUUACGUAGAAGAAGCCAUAACCAACGCUGGAAACUGGCUCAUAGGUGGUGACCUUGAGGUUCUAGAGCCAGUCAAGUACAAUGACGGACUUGACCGUUUCAGGCUUUCCCCUGCUGACCUCCGCAAAGAGCUGGAGAAGCGUGGUGCGGAUGCUGUCUUUGCUUUCCAGCUCAGGAACCCGGUACACAACGGUCACGCACUCCUUAUGACCGAUACUCGUAGGAGACUUCUUGAAAUGGGGUACAAGAACCCUAUCCUUUUGCUUCAUCCGUUAGGAGGGUACACAAAGGCUGAUGAUGUUCCCCUAAGUUGGAGGAUGAAGCAGCACGAGAAGGUGCUCGAGGACGGUGUUCUUGAUCCAGAGACUACAGUGGUUUCGAUAUUCCCGUCUCCUAUGCAUUACGCUGGUCCAACCGAAGUGCAAUGGCACGCGAAGGCUAGAAUCAAUGCGGGUGCUAACUUCUACAUUGUGGGUCGUGAUCCAGCUGGGAUGGGUCAUCCAGUAGAGAAACGUGAUCUUUACGAUGCUGAUCAUGGAAAGAAAGUACUAAGCAUGGCUCCUGGACUUGAAAGACUCAACAUCCUUCCUUUCAAGGUUGCUGCAUAUGACAAGACACAAGGGAAGAUGGCUUUCUUCGAUCCCUCGAGGCCUCAAGAUUUCUUGUUUAUCUCAGGCACUAAGAUGCGCACGUUGGCCAAGAACAAAGAAAACCCUCCGGACGGAUUCAUGUGUCCAGGUGGAUGGCAAGUUCUGGUGGAUUACUAUGACAGUUUGACUCCGGCAGGUAAUGGUAGACUACCGGAAGUGAUUCCUGCCUAAGACAAAGAAACUAUCUCUGCUUUGUGUUGUUGUGGGCCUUGUGGCCUUGUGGCAACAGUCAUAUUGUUGUAUAGGACAAGCCUAUAUAUAAAAGACUGUUUUUUUCUUUUGUGAAAGUUGUAAUAUUUGAUGAUUUGAUCCAACUACCUUCGGAUGAAACUUGUAGUACCUUAUCAAACGAUUGUGUUUAUAUGAAAACAAACGCAGUUUUGCUUUUUC